AAGUAAUAAAUAAUUCUACAGACUUUGAACAAGUGUGAUAAAGUGAUUUUUAAUAUGAACUAAGUACCUCCUUCUAAGGGUACCUCUUAAAAGUAAUAAAACUAAAAGUAUAACACUGGGUGACAAUUGAUGAUUAAACAAAGAAAAUGGCUAGCAUUACACUUCGCAAUUUAGAGGCAUGGUUGCAAGAGUUAGACAGAUUUGAGAAACCAAAAGUAUUGCUUGAACAAUAUUGUACUAGUGCUCAUGUAGCAUCACACAUGUUGUACUGUGCUCAAGUACAAUUUGGUGAUAUACAAGGACAAACAGUUGCUGACUUAGGUUGUGGGUGUGGUCACUUAUCAAUUGGAGCGAAAAUGCUUGAAGCAAGUCAUGUAACUGGUUUUGAAAUAGAUCCUGAUGCACUUAACAUUCUUUCUAGAAAUUGUGAUAAUCUAGAAUUAUUUGUGGAAACUGUACAGUGUGAUAUACUACAAUAUCUACCAGGGAGAUUCGAGAAAUUCUUUGAUACAGUUAUUAUGAAUCCACCUUUUGGUACCAAACAUAAUGCAGGCACAGAUAUGAAGUUUUUGGAAAUCGCGACUAAAUUAGCGUCAAAUACUGUGUACUCGUUACAUAAAACCAGCACGCGUAAUUACGUUCUUCAAAAAGCUGCACAGUAUGGAGCCAAAGGCAAAGUCGUUGCAGAAGUGAAAUUUGAUAUACCACAAUCAUAUAAGUUUCAUAAACAACAUUAUGUAGAUAUUGAGGUGGAUUUUAUACGAUUCGAAUUAAAUUAAUAAAAUAUUUUCAUGACACAAA